CUUGAAGAAGCCACAAUUAAAAGAAUGGACAAAGAUGCAGAAGCAUUGAAGGCAGCCAGAGCAGAACUCUGCGAAGCGAGACGGCAGUGGCACCACAUGCAGAUCGAAAUUGAAUCUCUCCACGCUGUGGAAAAGGGUUUGGAACGUUCAUUGCGUGCCACAGAGCAACAGUACCACAUGCAACUACAGAAUUUAGAAGGUGAGAUUGAAGGCUUAGAGAAAGAGCUGCUGGAAGUGAGAAGAGGUAUUGAGAAACAGCUUCAGGAGCACGAAAUUCUCCUGAACACCAGAAUGAAGCUGGAGGAGGAGAUAGCAACAUACCGCAGUCUGCUUGAGCAGGAGGAGAACAGGUUUCGUUGCUCUGUACCUGAGCAGAAGGAUGACAAAAAGCCAACCACCAGCAAGAUCACCUUUAUGCUGCCUUCAGAUGGUGCAAAGAAGCAUGAAACUGAGAAGGUGGAACUGAUGACAAAACAAGCAAUCCUAGAUGGAAAUAUUAUGAAGGAAAGUGCUGAAGCUCAUGGCACUGUACAGACAGAAAAAGUGGAUGAAGUCAUUAAAGAAUGGGAAGGUUCUUUCUUCAAGGACAACCCUCGCUUGAGGAAAAAAUCCGUGUCAUUGCGCUUUGACCUCCACCUAGCAGCGACAGAUGAAGGAUGUUUACACACAAAACAGAAAACUCUUCCCGACAUUGAAGUCAGGCUGGUAAUGAGGAGAUCUUGCAGUAUUCCGUCCAUCAAACCUUAA